UGACAGGAAUACCUUGUGUCCAUGCAUUUGCUUGCAUAAUGGACAAAAGGGAUGAUCCUGAGUUGUAUGUGCACCCACAUUACUAUAGGGUGACAUACUUGGCUGCAUAUGAGAACCCAAUACAGCCAAUGCCUGGCCCUAAGAAUUGGGAAAAGGUCAAGCUCAGACAGCCUUUGCCACCUAUGCUGAAAGUGCAGCCAUGAAGACCUAAGGCAAAAAAGAGAAAGCUUGAACCAGGGGAGGGCACUUCUGCAGCACCUGAGGGCAAGAAGCCAAAGGUGAUGAAACAAUGCAAGAACUGUGGUGGGUUUGGCCACUUUGCCAAAACAUGCAAGGCUGAAGCAGCACCAGAACAGCCUAACCCACCUGCAACAAAUCCAAAGGGUGGGAGGCCACAGAUGCAGACUCCUUGGCUUAAGGAACAGAGAAAGAAAAGUGAAGAGAAAGCAGCAAGACAGGCUGCACUGAAGUUGCCACAAUAUCAGCCUCCAACAACAGCACAGGCUGGGUCAAGUAAUGCUGCACCUGCAACUGCUGUGUCAAGCCAGCCUGCAACAAGAACAGAGCCUUUGCCAACUCAGUCUGUUACCAGGAGCAACAGGAGCCUGAGUCAGCCCACAAGAGUGCCAACAACUACUCCUCCCAAAGUCAAAAUACAGACCAGGUCCAAGCUUCAUGUAAUGACAAGCAAGAAGGACAAGGAUCUCAAUCAACUGUGACCCUGGGUC